ACCCCUGGAAAGUGCGUGUGCAAAUACAACGCGAGAAGGCAGUAUCGAUUUGUGGUGGAACCAUCAUUGAUCAACGUUGGAUUCUCAGCGCAGCACAUUGUUUUGCAGACAAUGAGACGCUUGGUGCCGUGACAGGCGUCAUUGUGCACGUUGGAUCUCAAGACUUAUCUCGACAGGUGUUAAAAUUCAGACCUGAUCAGAUAAUAUUCCAUCCAAGCUUCAAUUCAACCAGUUAUGAUUAUGACCUUGCACUCUUGCUGAUGAAUGAUAAAAUUGUCAAUGAGGAAGUUCAGCCAGCCUGUUUGCCGGAUGAAAGUAUUCCUUACAAUCUUACGGGGCUAAGAUGCCACGUCUCUGGAUGGGCAUUUGAUCAUGGAAUUGCGAUGGUGCCAUUAGGAGAUGAGGCAACCAUCAUUGAAGCUGCACUAUGCGUAAAUUUUUACAAAUGUGCUGCUGAGUUAGAGCAUGGUGUUAACAAUUGUAAAAGGGACUCUGCUGGAUCACUGGUUUGUAACAUCGGAGGCCUAUUUUACUUAAUAGGGGCUGCUUCAUUUGGAAAUAAAUGUGGCGAAAAAGGGCAUCCGGGUGUUUAUACUAGGGUUACGGCAAUGCUUCCUUGGAUUACAACGAUGCAAAGAUGUAUGUCACCUGACAAGAUUUGUAACCAUGUGAAAGACUGCCCCGGCAAUGAAGAUGAAAAGGGAUGUGGUUUAAAGGAAGGGCAGUGGGUCUCUAAGGUGAUAAAGUAUUCGUCGCAGUAUAAUACCGGCUCGUGGAGUGCGCAGCAAAUACUGGGUGUUCCAGAUGUGUACCCUACAUACGGGGAUCUCAAUGGAGCAUGGGCCUCACACGACAUAGACGCAAACCAGUACUUGGAGUUCCAGUUCGUAACUCCCGUUCUCGUAACCAAAGUCGAUGUCUACGAGACCUACAAUGCUGGCGGUGUCAAGGCAAUUAAGUGCCUCGAUGUCUCAGGCACGUGGAUAACGCUAUGGUCGACGCCCCAAGUAUCCGUUAUUCAUUCUGUGAGGAUAUUCAGUCCAUCGUUUAUGUCUACAAUUCCUUGUUUCUCGAACCAAAUUCGGCUUGAUAUCGACUGCAGCGUGGCAAACAGCUGGGUGGAGAUAGACGCUGUGGGGUUGCAUGGCUCCCACGGAAUUCCCGCGUGUGAGUUCAAACCAUGUCAAAAUGGCGGAACGUGUGAUGAUACACAAGCAGGAGGCUAUCAGUGCAACUGUCAAGUCGGCUGGCGAGGGCUCCACUGUGAAACAAGUUUAACGGAAGGUCAGUGGGUCUCUAAGGUGAUAAAGUAUUCGUCGCAGUAUAAUACCGGCACGUGGAGUGCGCAGCAAAUACUUAGUGUUCCAGAUGUGUACCCUACCUACUGGGAUCUCAAUGGAGCAUGGGCCUCACACGACAUAGACGCAAACCAGUACUUGGAGUUCCAGUUCGUAACUCCCGUUCACGUUACCAAAGUCGACGUCUACGAGACCUACAAUGCUGGCGGUGUCAAGGCCAUUAAGUGCCUCGAUGUCUCAGGCACGUGGAUAACGCUAUGGUCGACGCCCCAAGUAUCCGUUAUUCAUUCUGCGAGGAUAUUCAGUCCAUCGUUUACGUCUACAACUCCUUGUUUCUCGAACCAAAUUCGGCUUGAUAUCGACUGCAGCGUGGCAAACAGCUGGGUGGAGAUAGACGCUGUGAGGCUGCAUGGCUCCCAGGGAAUUCCCGCGUGUGAGUCCAAACCAUGUCAAAAUGGCGGAACGUGUGAUGAAACACAAGCAGGAGGCUAUCAGUGCAACUGUCAAGUCGGCUGGCGAGGGCUCAAAUGUGAAACAAGACAGGACGACUAGAGGAUCUUGUAGAUAGGAUACCCCGAUUACCACGCCUCCGUCAGGAUUGUUAGACGUGUAAUAUAGAUUUCAUGAUAUCUUUUUUGAAUUUGUCGGAUAUAUAGACUGGAUAUAUUUACUUCUGUAGGAUUACUGGAAUAUUUCUCAUAUCUCAUUCUUCACAAAUAUUAUUUCAAAAUCGAUAUUAAAACAAUACAGUUUAUCUCAAUAAUCGGAAUGAUUUGACAAACAAGAUGUAUGCCAUAAACAUUUUUUUGUGCAAAGUAUUGCAUUCUGAAAAUAACGAAUCUAAUAUUAUCGAGUCAUAACAGACUUAAGAAUGUUUCAGUUGUUUUUCGAAACCGUAACUUGAAUUUUAACAUUUUAUUAGCUAGACUUUUGAUCGAAUUGUUCGAGAUAUACUACUCACCAAAACGUAAGCGUCGACGUAAUGCUCAGGUUAAGGUAUACUUCCAAAAUCUCAUUUUCACUGUUUUUACUACAUAUAAUAAUUUUUAACUUAGAUAUCUUAUUAUCGUAAAUUGAAUAAAACUCGUGUUUUUGAGAUUGUCAUGUGAGAUCACUGACCAGGUGCGAUACCUCUGACCUGUAAUUUGCAUAUUUAUUCCCAUUCUGUAUCUAGAAAAAUCAAGUUAACUUUAGAUGCAACAACUUCAUUACCGUGUGGAUAUUGCUUAUAUUAAAAUGAAACUUAAUAUAUCUA